GCGAUUACGUCGAAGACGUUCAGGAAGUGAGCUGCAGAAAGUUAAAAACAAAAACGUUUCAACAACGUGAGCUGUGUGUUGACUUAUUUUCACUCUAUUGCACCUUACAAAAAGUCCGCGACUCUCAGGAACAGUCUGUUUUUCACCACAAGAUACACCGGCUGUGACGGGCUGUCACCAUGGCUCUUAAUAAGUCCAUGCAUCCUCGGAACCGGUACAAGGACAAACCUCCGGACUUUGCAUACCUGGCUUCCAAGUACCCAGACUUCCAGCAGCACGUGCACACCAGCCUCACAGGGAGGCCUGUUGUGAAUUUCAAAGAGCCGGAGGCGGUGCGAGCGCUGACCUGCACCCUGUUAAAGGAGGACUUUGGACUGACCAUCGAGAUCCCCCUGGAGCGCCUCAUUCCCACCGUCCCCCUGCGCCUCAACUACAUCCACUGGGUGGAGGACCUGAUAGAUGGCCAGAAGCAGCCGCGCAGGGGCAUCGACAUCGGCACCGGAGCGUCUUGUAUCUACCCCUUGCUGGGAGCGACAAUGAAUGGCUGGUACUUCCUCGCCACAGAAGUGGAUGACAUCUGCUAUGACUAUGCCAAAAAGAACGUGGAGCAGAACAAACUGUCUGACCUGGUUAAAGUUGUUAAGGUCCCACAGAAGACUUUACUGAUGGACGCCUUAAAAAAAGAACCAGAGAUAGUGUACGACUUCUGCAUGUGCAACCCUCCUUUUUUUGCCAAUCAGCUAGAAGCAAAGGGGGUAAACUCCAGAAACUCACGGCGACCUCCUCCCAGUUCAGUGAACACGGGCGGGGUGACGGAGAUCAUGGCAGAAGGCGGAGAACUGGAGUUUGUAAAGAGAAUCAUUCACGACAGCCUCCAGCUCAAGAAAUCUCUUCGGUGGUACAGUUGCAUGUUGGGGAAGAAAUGCAGCUUGGCACCUUUGAAAGAGGAGCUGAGGAAGCAAGGGGUGCCUAAAGUGACCCACACAGAGUUCUGCCAGGGGAGGACCAUGAGGUGGGCGCUGGCCUGGAGUUUCUAUGACGACGUGACCGUACCUUCUCCUCCCAGUAAGAAGCGCAAACUGGAAAAGUCUCAGAAGCCGCUGUCGUUCAGUCUGCCGGGAGUGGGGCUGAAGGAGCUCCAGGCCAAAGCCUCGGCUGCAGGCUGCCCCGCCGGCACGCCCGUGGACAGCGUCGCCGCCCUGCUGGAGAGGACGCUCGGCGAGCUGCGGAUCCUGCAUAAGCGCCUGCCGUGCAGAAAGCAGGAACAGAGCCUUUUCCUCACCGCCGUUGAGAACACGUGGAUCCACGGACGGCAGAAGAGACGCGAGCAGAAGCGCCAGCUACGAGAGCUUCCCAGAGCGCCUCAGUGCGCCGGGGCCGGCUCCCAACCCGGCCCGGCCCCGGCCGAGGGGCCCCCCGCCUCCCCGCACCAGGAUGGGAGCACCUCACAGGAGUCGAGCCGAGAGGGAAGGAAAAUUGAAGCCGGAGAAGAGAUCUCUGACCAAACAGCCGGAGGCCAUGUGGACAUGGAGUCCUCCACGUGUGCAGAGACGUCCGCAGCCGGAGAGGCUCCCCCCAGAGAGCCCCGGAGCCCCGGGGGGGUGGAACACUUCCUGUUCAGAUGCCUGCUGAACGUGAUGAUGGAGGAGAGUGACGUAGUGGUGGAGAUGCACUGGGUGGAGGGUCAGAACAAAGACCUGAUGAACCAGCUGCGCACCUAUCUGAGGAACACGCUUUUAAAAUCUGUUUCAAAGCCCUAAAGAGGACUGUACGCUCAGAAGAAUUACUUUUAGAAAUUAUUUCCGUUUUUUUUUUUUUUAACUUGGAAAGCUACUUAAGAUUUUAGCAAUACAAUCAUGUCAUUUGAUUUCCUUUCUUUCAGUUAUUCUAAGGAUUACAUGGGUUCUUUGUUCUGAUGGCUAUCAAAACGCUUGGAAUAAAUGAACAUUUUCUAAUAUUUUUCUCUUCAAGUUUAUAUCCUUACAUCUUUUCAUCAUUUUCUUUCUUCUUUUUUUUAUUAUUUUUUUUAGAUGCAGUACAUUUGAAUAUCCACAAGAGAGUGUGAGUGUUUCCAGUGUUAAUCUGAAGUGAGAAAAAAUCAUUUGAGUGCUCCUUUAUUUGGCUUUCUGUUUAAUUACAUGUAGGUUUGAAAGUAGCUUUGUAAUGCACAAAGUUCCUGGAGUCCGUCAGUGUUUCCUGUGCUCGGGGAGUGUUUUUGCACACUGUUAUUACGCUGACAUACUUUCUCAGCAGAGCUGAGUGAAUAAAAGGAAGAGAACUUCCAGGGGCGUGUGUGUGUGUACGUGCACAAUCCCAGUUCUCAGCAAAUUUA